AUGCCUGGGAAGGGAGGGGAAGGGAGGCAGAGAGAGACAGAGAAAGAGAGAGACGGCAGGCAGGCUCAUCCACCCCAAAAACGCCAACGGUAGUAGUCGAGAGUUAAGGCAAAAGAGUUCAAAGAAAAGUGGAGACAUGGGGCAGGGGCAGAAAGGUUCCUCAGACCAGAAAGAGGGCAAGAAGAAGUGGGAUGAAAGCCCAGCGCCGGAGGACGGACACAAAUGCAGAGUCUGUCGCUUCCCUCUGCUCAUCGCCCUGCUCCAGCUGCUGUUGGGGGCGGCCGUCACGGCGGUGGCCUUCUUCAUGUUGGCCGUCAGCCCCUCACUGCUGACAAGAGAGACGCCGUACUGGGCUGGAAUCAUUCUGUGUUUAGUUUCCAUCCCGGGCUUUAUCCUGUACUGUGUCACCUACCUCCCCGACGAGAGGACAUCUAUUCAAUUCAUUGUCAAGAUCCUGUACUUCGCCCUGUGCGCAAUCGGGCUGGUCACGUCAGUUGUGGCCAUGUCGUUUGCCGGACACCACCACUCACAGACCAGUGGCUUCACCUGCCAGCGGGUCAGGAUGGACUGUGUGUGCAAACUGGAUCAAAUGGACCCAAUAGCCCGCACCUUCACCUACCAGGACGUCAGCGACUGCGAGGGAGUCACCGGGACGCUGGCGCUCUACUUCCUGCUCCAGAUCGUGCUGAACCUGGCCCAGGCGCUGGUGUGCGCGCUGGGGGCCUUCGUCAUGUGGAAGCACCGUUACCAGGUCUUUUUCGCCGGCCUUCAGAUUGGCUCUCACGCUUCCCGGCAGUGGCAGAAGGUUUAACAAGCGUGGAUGGGAUGCAGAGGAUCAGAGGGUCAGAGGGCGCAGGCAGCAGUGAGAGUACACCGAUCGACGAGUUGCCUUCGUGGUUUUUGCCAAACGUUUCUUUUGUGAUAGUUGUUAUAAAGUGGCUUUUUGCACACGUUUUUUAUGCCAUGUUUAUGUAUACUUCCAUUCUCAGUUGUUAUAAAAGAAGAUUAACAGCAGCAAAACAGCUGGUUUUUCGGGAUAAUAUCUGCAGCAAUAGGAUUUUUCCACAAUGAUGUUUGUUGUCUGCUCUAGUUAUUUACUGUGCAGACAUACAGCUCAUUUACAACCAUGAACACAACACUGAAACCAAAGCAGCGGAGUGGUUAUGCACUUAACUACCAAAAAGGAAGUUAAACAGUUUCAGAUGUAAGGAUCGUGAUUAGUUCGUCCAGUGUUUCUUCGCGUGUCAUUCUAGCUCACUAUAUCACUGUGUUGUUCAUUUGGUUUGAAAAAGAGAUAUUACAGUGCAUCUAGUUUUUGUUUAUUUUUUUUCCCACAAUACACACUUAAAUAAAAUGUCUCAAGGAAACAGUAAAUAUACUUUUGACCGAGUAAAAAUACGUACUUCUAAAAGUCA